GCUGGCGAUCGUCAGUUGUCGCGCCGAAGUGCACCAUGGUGGCAGCAGCUGCGCGGCCGCACAGCUAGUCAAGCUAGCCAGUCGGUGUCUCAGGACACGUGGUGAUGGGCGAUGGAGGACAGCUCGCCCGACCUGAGCCUGAAGCUGCGACGCCGAUCGAGCGACUCCCGCGACUCCUUCUACAUGGACUUCGCGCAGGGCAUCGACUCUGAUAUCGAAGAAGUAAUCUCGGGGGCUGCUGCGCCGCCCCUUGGGGACGGCGAUGACGUCACGCUGCCGCCCCCGCCCGACGUCAUCGGUCCCGAUGAUCUGCUGCCUGUCGACGAGGAAACUCAGAGCUGGACGGGCGUUGUACCGGGCAGCGAGCCUCUGCAACUCCCGUCGCCCGCCAGUCCCAACGCGGUCAUCGUCAGUCCGGAGUCCCUGUCGCACCAAUCCUCGCCCGCGCGCCGCGCCAGGACCAAGGACCCGUCGAGACCCGGCUCGAGUCGACAGGGCAAAUACUCCCCCUCUGUCGGUCUGCCGCCGCCGAGUGAGGUGAUGGCGCCAGUGCUGUACCACGGUCACCAUUCGCUGUCGAUGCUGAAGAGACCCUCGCGCAUCGAGCAGCUGCAGGUCGACUGGAAGAGGCUGGGCACGGACGCUCUCACCACAACUCUGUCGGCUCUGUACGGAAAGCUGCUGGUGGUGAUGGGCAUUGCCUUCCCCAUGGCCGAGGUCAUCUCCACCUACAUCCCGCCCUCUUUUUACGAGGGUUUCUAUCUCUACCUGUACUUUGGAAGUAUGGUCUUUCUGCUCUAUAUGUACGCCAUGCUUCUGCGAGACCGGGGUUCGCUCUCCGUCAGCAGUUCCUUCAGACGCUCGCGAGGAGAGGAUUCGUCGGGCGACAGCGUCGCGGAGUCGUCUGAGAGUGGCGGCGCGGUCCCUCAGCAGCACACGGACACCGAGUUGAGCACCACCGCGACAGAGAGCCACUACCACCGGAGCGGGGAACCCGGGGCGCCUGCGCAGAGCAAACGCGACCCACGCGACGAGCUGGUCCACCAACAGCAGCAUUACGGCAGCUUCUACCUUCGCAUGGGCGCCGUCGCCUUUGGCAUCGGAAGCAUGAUCUACUCGGGCCUCGAGUUCGGGCAGUACUUCGAGGUGGAGCGAGACACCAAGUGCCACAACGUGCUGCUCGCCCUGACGCCGGCCACCCGCAUGGCGUUCACCUUCAUUCAGAUGUACUUCAUAUUCCUCAACAACGAGCAAAUGAAGGUUUGGCGACAUCGCGCUCUGGCCCGCUUCGGGCUCAUGCACAUGAUUGGCACGAACCUCUCGGUCUGGCUGAACGUCCUGGUGCAGGAGACGAAGCACGAGAUACUCACGUUCUACAACCCGGAGAACAACACCCUGGGAAUCUCGCACCGCCUCCCGAUGAGGAUCCACGUGCCGAUUGUGGCCUCUGGCGGGGCCGUGGCGACGUCGCAUUCCCACAGCCGCGUGGAGCGGGGCCUCAAGGGGCCCCAUCACAUCUACGAGUGCAGGCGCACCAACAUCAUGGGGUCCCUGGUGCAGGAUGCCAGUCCCUUCCUGUUCCCCUGCACCAUCGAGUACUCGCUGAUCUGCGCCGCCAUCCUCUACGUCAUGUGGAAGAACAUCUGUCGCGCUUCGCCCUCUCAGGGGCCCUCGGGGGCGCGCGCGGGGCGCCAGGGCCUGCCCCCUCAAGCGGCCUACAAGCGCCACCCUCACCACUACUCGGUGGACUGCGCACGCGCGCACAAGGGCCUCUUCGUCGGCAUCCUGGUCCUCGUGCUCACCAUCAUCUCCCUCAUCCUCUUCUUCGUGCUCAUUUCGCGGCCCGAGUUCGUGAACUUGGCCGUCAUGGAGGUCAACAUCUGCGAGCUGACCCUCUACGCCAUGACCACCGUCGCCACCCUCGUCGGCAUGCUCCAGGUGCGACAGCUCAAGUACGACGGCGGACGGAACCUGGAGCUGGACAACAUCUUGUUGAUCGGCGCGCAGACGGGGCUGUUCAUCUACAGCACCUUCACGAUCAUCGGCGGCCACUUCACGAUCGAGAAGAACACGGUCCUGGUGCUGAUCACGGCGCUCGCCUCUCUCCUGCAAACCACGUGUCAGACGAUGUUCGUGCUGGACGCGUCGCGGCGCUCGUGCGUCACGCCGGAUCAGAUCCGCCGCAAGCCGGGGCGCGAGCUCGUGACCUUCCUGCUGGUGACCAACCUCGCCAUGUGGGCCAUCAACACCCUGGAGAAGUCGCGCGCCGAGUCCCACCCCAUCCAGCUCCACUUCUACGGCCUGUGGGCGUGGACCAUCAUCACGCACGUGUCGAUGCCCCUCGCCAUCUUCUACAGGUUUCACUCGACCGUCUGUCUCUGCGAGAUCUGGAAGCGCGCGUACAAAAUGAAGCCGACGUACAUGUAGAGGAGACGGCGGCCCAGGAGUUCACUGCCGACGCCCGGAGACGCCGCGCGUUUCAUUUGAUUCAUCGGACGCCAUUAAUCGGCGUCUGAGUUCCAUCCAACUUCUUGUUCGGUCAGAGACACGAACCCCGGUCAGACGCCGGCUUUUCCUCGUUUUUCUGUCUUGUUCUUUAAUUGGCUGUGCCGUGGGGCAGGCGGUCCAGAAAAUGGCAUUUUAGUCCUCUGCAAAAAAAAGUUUUUUUUUUAAAAAAAUUCGUACUAAUUACGACACUACGUGUUAAUCAACUACACAAUUUAGAUUUAAUUACCAAUUUCGUACUCUGAAGCAGCGACGCGGGCCACAAAAUUGGACCAGGCCUUUCCAGAGGACACGCAAUAAUAACAUUGAUAGGAUUAAUGGAUUUCCAGAUCCACAGCAUGAAGGAUUUGUGUGUUAAUUCGUGUGGUGUUUCGUAAGUUUGUUUGCGCUUACACGGAGAAAGAAACGAGGGGGCUGUGCCCCGUUCCCGCAUUAGCCUUUGCACUGAAAUUUCUACAUUGCCACCCGGAACACCGAGGCGAGUGGCAGGUGCCCGCGUGCUGUUGCCGACGUCUGGGACGACCCCUCGAGGGGCAAACCUUUAUAUAGCUUUAUGUAGGACGAUAACUGAUCAACCGUACGAGAAAUUCGUAUGGCGACAGCUGAAAUGUUGCGGUCCCACGAAAACAUCACUAAAAAAAUUGAGGAAACGUCGCAAAAGUGAGGUUAUGUGUUCCGUGCAGGCCACAAGUUAAUGUUAAUGUCUGCGUCCACGCCGACUUAUUCUCCAAACAGAAAAUCCAUUUACACUUCCGAGGCUCAGUGAACAGUCUUUGCCCUAGUUGGGGGAUGCGCGUACUUUAAUCCAAUUUGCAACCUUCCGUUGCCAGUCGUCCAAUCACUUCUCAGUGCAAAUGCAGGUGAAUCAUCUCAUCUCCGCGUGUUUUGUAACAAACUUAUGAAACAUUCUGUAUUUUACAUAACCCCCGUGUAUUUUAUAUAACCCACGUAUUGAGUGUCAGCUGAGGACGAAGGGGCGCAGUGUUCGAUUCCAGUAGGCGACCUUGACGCAAAUUUUUCUGGUCGCUCUUUUGUCUUUAUACUUUUGGUUACAUAUAACUGUCAACAGAUGGCAGCUGCAGUGAGUCCCAUGAAACACACUAGUUCUUUAGCACAAACUCAACUCGGUGUUUAGACACGCGAAUGUUUGUAACAAUGUAACAAAGCCUACCUCCUUUCUCAUUUACAACACCGCGGGGAGUAACGCUCCACUUUCAAAUCACCAAAUAUGCUGGGGUUACGGAAAGAAGCGAGAUUUUUUAAGCCCAGAGCACGCAAAAUGUUACGUGUCUUUGUUCUGUAGGUCUCACAGUUGUUCGUGAAAUUUAUUCACAAGUUAAUCAUCGCCCCUUCUUCCCCAAUGCAGCACCACACUUUUGGACCAAAAAAACUCAGCUCAUCGAGAUUGAGUACUUUCAGGAAUAUAUAAGUCAACUGUUCGUCAGUAUUUUGUGUCGUAGCUGAUAAUAUGAAUAGUAGCAAGGAAGCGCUCAAAUUUUCUUUCUAAACGGAGAAACCAACACCAAUAACUUUCUUUUAUCGUCUUCCCAGUUACAAGCAGUACAAAUGACGCAGUCACCAGACGGGAACAAAUCUACCGCAGUUCAAAUGUUAGAGACUGACAACUUCCUUACCAGUAAUCCGGUUUUUAGAGGCAGCCCGUGGCGCCCGCUCUGCGCAUGUGCAGUAGUUCUAAUUUCUACCGCUGUCGCUAGGAGAGGGGCCACGGCGAGAGCCAUUCGUAUUGAUAAUAAGCCUUUUUUAAUACACUGUAUUUCUUAUACUAUAAUGUCUUUUCUAAUAUUGUCACACGAGAGACCAAUUUAUUUUAUAGCAUACGUGAUUUUAUGUGUGUUAGCUGUAAGUACAGGGCGCUCCAGAAAACCCUGUCAACGUUUCUCAUUUUCCGACUUGCUUGCGUUUCUGGAACACUCUGUACACUCGAUUAUCGGUGUCCAUGACAACGGCUACACAAAACAAUCGAACUUAGCUUAGAACACUGCACCAACUGUUACCAUGGCAACAGUUGGUGCUUCUUAUCGUUGCGUCUCAGUGUUUGUGUGUAUCUGUGUAAUAUAUUUUGUAUAUAAGCAUUGCGUUAGAGCAGGAAGUUUAUUAUUUAAUAGAUGUAUAAUAUACGCACAUAAAAAUUGAUUGUUUGUUGGCCAUCUGAGGGAAUGGGGGGGGGGGGCCAGGACUGUCAUCGCGCAUGUUAAUUUGGACAAUUGUUUACUUACAUUAAUUUACUACGCAUUUUUGUUUCUCGAAAGGAGCGAAAACAAUUCCGUGGCUCGAUCCCGUUUUGGUGCAAUCGAUACUCUCGAGUUGUCGACAUAUCGAUAAAUUUCCUGAGCAUUCUUUUAAAGUCCAUUCCUUCUAAUAAUUUUCUUGGAGGCGUGUGUGAAAUGAGAAUGCCAGUUUCGGAAGUCAAGAGCCGAAAAUUUCAGGGAUAACUUUACUUUCGCGAGGCCGAGAAAAUUUAUCGAUAUGACGAACACUUCGAGAACACAAAAAAAAAAAAGUCUUCGAAGUGCGCUCCGAAAUGGAAUCUUGCAGGAUCCGUACCAUGCAGCACAGUUUUCGUAGUUUGUAUCAAAAAUUAUUUUUAUAAACAUUUUUCUAGUGGAGUGAAGUAUUUACAAAAUUACUGCAGCUAUUAAAAAAAUGUUGUCUGGUUCUGCUGCGGGAUAUUUAGUUGUGUGUGGUUGGCAGCACUGCUGGCACCCCCCUUUUAUGACGUCGGUUUCUUGAACAGCAGAAGCUCUCUUAUUCUAUGAGACUUGUGUAUAUAUAUAGGCCUUUAUAAGAUUAUAGGAUUAUUUGAUAAAGUUGUGAUCAUGUUUCUGUUACCCGCUCCGGCCUGCGCACCUCCUGUUGUGAACCAACAGCGCUGUUCUUGUAUGUUUCUUGCUGGUGUGUAGGAUCUUGGUUCUUGUGAUAAAUGUUGAUAAAAACGAGAGCGAAAAUUUUGAUUUUUGAAGAAUAACCAAAAUGUGCAUGGGAUCUGACGCAACUAGAAACCAAGCUAAAAUGGAUUCUGCCAACGUACAGACCGCAGCGUUUAAGAAAGUUAGCUGUAAAAGACUUUCGAAACUUGCUCUUAAUUAAAACAGAAGAAUCAAUUCCACUCAAAAGAUGUGCCAACGCCUUGCGGAGUUCAACUUUUACUUUGGAGGGUUUUUGAAUUUCGUGAAGCUGUUAUGUAACAUUUUCACACGUUUCCUGUUGUGGCAAAUUUUAUGUCCGUUUUUACACUCACAACGCCGUCAAAAACUUGUCAGAAUCAGUCAGUUCGAUCGAUCGAUUAUUUUAUUUCUCGUCGUACCAACCGUCGUACUUCGAAGCCGGAAGCUGCUCAUGUUGGCAACACUUCACCACUCACGAAUAUCGCUCAACUCUUCGAGAUGGAGGAUCGAUUAAUCGUGUUGUUUCCUUAGCCACAAGAGCACGAUUAAGCAUGUUGCAACUAGUAGUGCGCAGACCGGAGCGUGUUCGUUCUGUUUUGCUCUAUAGAAAUAAUCUAGAAUAUUGUUUGGAACGCUGUGCUGUUGACUGUAUAAGAAGAAUAAACAAUUUGUCGCUUACGAAGUUUAA